GUAUGCCACCUGGCGAUUAUUCGUUUGGAACGCACAUUCGGGUUGUUGACUGGAGCAGACGAGGUUGGCGGAGGGCAGGUAUUGUGAAGAAGUAUGCAAACGGUUUUCCGAAGUGAAAUGUGAGCAUGGAGAAUUUCGUAGGAACCGAGUGAUAUUUCUGCCGUUUUGAAUAUUAGGGGAUAUUUAAAGCCGUAAGUUAUUUUGCUGUACAAAAUCUUACCACUGUGCAUUAGGGUGGGACGUGCAAUGUGUGUGGGUCUGGAGGAUGUGUAUGAAGUGUUUUUACAAGGAAAACAAUACAGUCAACAGUAAUCUUCAACAUGUGGGGCCGAGAUGCGGGGCGUUAAAAAUGCAGAUUCGCAGCGACUUUAAGUAGUUAGUCCUUGAUGGCCAGGUGCUGGUCCCUCUGACAUGAGCUGUGUUGCUGGAUGGAUUUAAGACCUUUUGAUGAUGAAUUGAAGUCCAUGCGAAGAUGGCCUUGCAGCCAUGCCGAGAGCUCGCCUCAGUACUGACAAGUUGAGGACAUGCCUUCCACUUCAUCUUCUGUUCGUGCAGAGAUUCUCACAUACAGUCGCACUCAGUCAACCGUGCGCCGUUGUCGGUCACAGGAGCUCGACAUUCCAUCAAACGACUUGUACCAGGAACCAGUAAUGGAGGACAAGAAAUCAUCAAGACUGGUGGGAUCUAAAGUAUCCCAGAUUGCAAACAUCUUCCAGAGCAUGGUGCCAGCCAAAGAGACUGACGUGCUAAUCAGCAACUCCACUCCCCUGCGGACCAAACCGUCUGACUCUUCACCAAAGUUGGAGCGGAGACGAGCAGCUACAGGAAAUGAGGAAGUAUUGAAAGAACCAUCAACACCACGUGAUUCUCCAACUCAGGUGACGGUCGUUCGGACAGAGAGCCAUGUUGCACGUUUCAACAAUGCUCGUGCACUGUUUGAGAAAUUGGGAGCGGAGGAUGGCCGUGGCAUCGUCAGCAGCGUCACUAAACCAGAGAAACCAGUCACAGUUCCUGCCAUCACCACAGGUCCUAAGUUGCCUCUGAGUCAAGGUCUUCAUGGUUUACGAUCUCGAUCCAGCUCAGAUAAUUCCUCCACCGGUACAUCCCCAGUACGAUCACCUCGAACAGCAAUAGGUUCACAUCAUUCCUCUCGAUCACCUUCUCCUAGAGAACAAGGUCAAAGUGACAGUGUUACCACAGGUGGGGGAUCAUUAUUUGGUAUUGUGAGCAGUGGGACAUCAGAGCUUGAUGGCCGGAAGGUGCUUACCACCAAUGGACAUCAUACAAAUGGAGGGCCUGAUGUGGUAGAUGAAGAGGUGGCCAUUCCGUCAAUACGUGUGUUGACUACUGUUUCAGCAUCCAUUACAGAAAGAUUGUCACAACCACAGAAUGUUCAUGCAGCUGGGAAGGUGACAGACAGUAAUCACUCAAAUGGGGUUAUUAAGACUGAAAAUGAGAAGGAAUCAACUGAGGAGAAAUCACAAACUGUUGGUGGAGUGACAGGUUUGACGAAGAAGCCGGAGAAGCCAGAAAAACCAGAAAGAAAGUUUAACAGUCGAGAAUUGAUAGAGAAACAAAGGAACUGGACGUCUCAUUUUUCAAAGUCACGUUCGUCACGUUAUAACAGUGAUCCAAACAAAACAGAAGUGCGAGUGGGUUUGAGUGCUGGUAGCGCAGAGAGUAAGACAUCUGUAGUAGGUUCUCAACAGCAGGCUCAGAAGUUAACAGCUGACAGCUCUCUGCCCUCAACAAACCCAGCAGCUCGAAGUGCUUCUUUCAAUGUCACAAGGCCUGUGAGGUCUCCCACUGUAUCACCUCCACCUCCACCUGUUCGAGCAGGACAGGCAGCUUCACCUAUCAGUCCCACAAGACAAGAGAAGAAGGUUGAAAGGUCAUCAGAACCUUUACCAGUUGCCUCUCCAGUCAGGGACGCCAUUUCAGCCAGUGUCAAGGAUGAAAAAUUGAGACAGCAGCAGCCUAAAUUAUCACCAGAUGCAAACAAAAUAUCAGCCAGUACUUUCAUGGGGCAAGGAAGUGAUGCUGGUAGUGAAGGUAAUCUUGCUGUACCAUCAUCUGGGGAUGCAGAGAAGCGAUUGCGGGAGGAAGAAGCAGGAGAAGUUCGCAAUGACGUUGCCCAUGUUGACAAACGCAGCAAGAAGAUGGUCUCUUCAGUUCAGCUUCAUCUUCAAGCAGCAGGGCUUGGUCCUACAAGACCAGUAUCUGUAGCUAGUUCUAAGGAUUCUCUCCCAUCACCAGAACCCAAAAUAAAUCAUUUUUCACAGAUUGAGUCCAAUAUUUCCAGUGGAAAUGCUGGUGAUAUAUAUCCUCCUGCACCAAUCACAAAUUCAGUGCUUCGUGAACUGGAGAGUCAGGGCUCGGACAACACUUCUUUGUUACCGGCAGCUAGAUACACCGAGGUCACCAAUCAUGAAUGUAGUGAAAAAGUAGAGGAAUCUAAAUUGUUGCAAGUUUUAGGUCAGGGAGACACUUUUACUCGGAGAUAUAAUAAAGAUACAGUUGCAAAAUCACAAUCUGAUGAAGAAGAAGCCAGUAAUAAGGAACUUGUUUCUAAGAUUCAAAAGGAGGAGACUUUUAUGAAUUUAAAAGCAAGGUCACUGCCGUCACCUCAACAUCAAGAAGUAGUGAAAACAACUGGUAAAGAACAAUUUGAUGUGGAAAAUGAAUCAGUAUUAUCAGCUAGAACAGUUCUGCAUGACACUUGUGCUCCAAAAAGUCACGUAAACACCAAGAAGACAAGCGCCGAUGUGAUCGGCGGUAGUGGUUACAUUGCCUCUAAUUUUGUAUCCAGUGAUGAAGAUUCAGAUGGCCAUGUUGUCUCAAAACCAACAACAGAUGUUGUAGAUAGUAGCAAAAUGAAGGACGUUACUGGUGAUAGCUGUGCAUCAGUGACAGAACAGUCCACCGAGGUCUCCCGUCAGGAAUCGGAGCCAUUUCUGGUAUCUCGAUCAAUUCUCCGUCCUGAAGAAGUAGGUACUGCCACUUCAGUUGCUCCCAUUUCUGUGACGACAAGAACAGGGUCACCCCAGCAUCAUGAGGCGUCAUCAGAAGCAAGUAUCUUAGACUUGCAGGAUGUUGAGUAUGCUGAUGCUGAUGCAGAAGAUGGAGAUGAUGAAGCCGAACAUGAGGAGGAAAGAAUAAAGGCACCUGAUGAAUUCUCACAGCAGGUUCCUUUUGAGAUAAUGCCAUCUGCAGCUCAUAGAGGGAAAGACAAAGAGCAGGAUGAUGAUCGGCAACAAGAAGCACCUCGAAGCCUGACUUCUGAUGUCCCUGAGACCAUGACGCCAGACGAAGCAGAAAAUUUGUUGAGUUCGAGCAUUCUGGAAAAGAAAAUACGUCAAGAGGGUCUUUUGUCAGAUGAAGAAGCACAAGAAGUAACAAGACUGCUGUCCCCAACAGAUGAGAGAGAUCAAGAAGACCCAGAAUGGCUGACUGAUGUACUUUCAGUGACAAGUGACUCCUUAAUACAAGAGUCUACCCUUGACUACAGGUCUAGGAGUGAAAUGAGUGUGACUAUGGAGGACUCGAUGACGUCGAGCCACAUCGGGUCUCAUUCUGGCUCAGAAUCAGGCCUGCUAGGUUCAGUGAGCAGUCUGAAUGAUCAAGAUGGCAUUGGUGAGCAGGAACCAAAGGGUGAAGAUUAUGUACCCCAGCCUGGUAAAGUGGUAAUUGUGGAAAAUGGUGUCCAUUAUUUUGAAGAUGGUCACUUCUGGAUGGAGGUUCCUGGUCUGCCAGAAUCCGAAGAAGACGAAGAAGAAGAUGAUGUUGAUUACCCCAUCCCAGUGAAGAAGAAUACAAAGGUGACAUUUAGCACUGGACCAAUCAAAGUGUACAGCACAUUCUCUGUGAAUGAUUAUGAUCGUCGCAAUGAAGAUGUUGAUCCAGUGGCUGCAUCAGCAGAGUAUGAGCUUGAGAAACGGGUGGAGAAGAUGCAGGUAUUCCCAGUAGAACUGACCAAGGGUCCAGAAGGCCUUGGACUGAGCAUCAUUGGAAUGGGCGUUGGUGCUGAUGCAGGCUUGGAGAAGCUGGGGAUCUUUGUGAAGACUAUCACCGAACAUGGAGCAGCUGCGAGAGAUGGCAGAAUACAAGUGAAUGAUCAGAUAAUCGAAGUUGAUGGGAAGUCUUUAGUGGGAGUAACACAGGCAUAUGCAGCUUCAGUGCUAAGGAAUACAUGUGGUCUCGUCAAGUUCCUCAUUGGCAGAGAGAAGGAUCCUCAGAACAGUGAAGUGGCUCAGUUGAUCAAACAGUCUCUGCAGGCCGACCGAGAACGAGAGGAGCCUCGUCGGCAGAUGGAGCAACAGCAGCAGCAGCAGCAGCCCCCUCCACGAAACUCAUCCCGUAGCCUUCAUCAUGGAAGUGACACUGGCAUAAUUUCCCCAGAUGGGACCCGCUCAGAGGAUAGCAGCUUAACUCUACCUCUUACUGGCACUUCCCCUACCACAUCAUCAUCAUCUGAAGGGCCAGCUAGCCCUCCAGGUGCAAAUGACAGCAUGUUCGACCAUGACGCUUCUAAGUCUCCCACUAUAUCGAAUGAUGUCGAUGCACUGAGACGGCUUCUACAAGAGAGUCAGUUCAAAGUUGCACUAGCUGAUGGUGAUAUUUCAAGGCUAAAAGCUAGGCUUGUGGAGAUGGAGCAGAGUGGGCUUGACAGUGAGGAGUUCCUCGAGAAACUUCGACAGUCAACGAUGAAACUGCGAGAGAUGGAACACAAUCUACUUGCUGCCAAGAAAGAUGUAGCCAGCUAUCAGGACAUGCUAGAGCAAUCUCAGGGUCAGUACAUUGCAUUAGAGAAGAAAUAUUGUAAAGCAAAGAAGUUGCUAAGAGAGUUCCAGCAGAGAGAACAGGAUCUCUUGCACCGCGAAGAGUUCUACCUUCAGCUCCUGCAAGAGAAGGACACAGAGUACAAUGCCCUUGUCAAAACUCUUAAGGAUAGGGUGAUACAACUGGAGCAGGAACUGCUGGAAACACAGCGUAAAGCUGGAUUUCCUGCAGUUCUUCCAUAUGAUAGCUCAAGUCUGCGUCAGUUGACACCUCAGUUGUCUCGCAGACAACAGGCCCUCCCUGUGAAACCCCUUCUCGAACAGCUGGAGACAGAACUCUCAGACACAGAGAUAUCUGACAUCAGUCCAGAGGAUGGUGAUAAAACUGCUACUGUAGAGCGGAAGAUGGGGUUGGUUACGGAUGAUCUUACUGCCCAGAUGCCUGUCAAGGAAGAGUUGGAUCGUGCUGUUCCACCCCAUGAAUUGCUGGAUGUAUCAGCCUCCAAAGCCAAGGCAGAGUUAGCGACACGAGGAGGCCUUGCAGGCAGACAGCUCCCAACUAGCAAGAAGGGCUCAGGAGGGCUUAGCUCAAGUAGUUCUGACUAUGGGCUGGAUGAGAGCUGUGAUAAUUCUGGUGAUGAAGAAGAACAGGAUAGGCAACAUCUAUAUAUUGAAUAUGCGGGACGUGAAGAAACAAGCACUGAACCUCGGACACCAACUCUCAAUGCCCAGAAUCAACAGCAACAUCAGCAUCAUCAAACUGCCAACCGUCCAACAUCCCUGUCCCCUUCCUCGUCACUAUAUAAUAACGUAACAGCCGUGUCAUCCAGUGUUAGUACAUCUCAUGUCCACAGUCUUGUAUCCCAGUUCUCAUCGACUCAUCAGCAGCAACAUUACAGUACAUCUUCCCCACAUGUGACCUCCCAACAGGCAGUUUCAAAAAUGCAGCAUCAGCAGCACCACAUGCACUUCCAGACAGCGACGUCACCGUCUUCUUUACAUUCCCCUUCCAGUGCAACUGUUCUACCUCACACGACUGCAACUGCCCUCUAUAGUCAUGUUACCCAUAUGCCGACAUCUCAACCAUUGCACCAUUAUCACCCUCAUCAACAAACUCCAUCAACCCAUCCACAUGGUAUUGCUCAGUCACACCAUGCUAUGACAGGUGUUACAUCACCACAUCAGCCCAGCCCUGAUCCUUGGAUUGGUCGAAACAAGGGGCCCACACCCACGUAUCCAAUUGGACCUCCUCGAGGUCUUGCUGGACCCCCGGCAUCUUUAGCAGAGCAGCUGAAACAGGUGCUUGCAGAGAGAGAACGUAGGAUAUCGGGAGACCAGGCCUCUUCUCGGGAAGGCUCUGGGGAUUUUACGGAGAUGAACAAGGGAGUGUCUCAAACUUUGGCAGAAGAGAUACGACAGGCUGUGAAUGAAGCUAAUGCUCGAGUGAAGAAAGUGCCAAUAAGCUCAACUUUAUCUCCACCCAGCAUGCAGACACCCUGGCAACCGCAGAGCUCUCUGUUGCAAGAUAUGGCUCCUCCUUCCCCAUCCUCCAUUUCAUCCUCAGGUAGCAUCUCUCCAGGAGUACACACAGCUGAUCCAAGCCCCAGCAAACCUGGUGCUUUAGAUUCAGGAGAUGUAUGGGCACCGCCUCACCCUCAGGAUCUCAACACUUCUUUCUCAGCAGAGAAGAAGUCCUCACAUUUCUGGCAGAGUGCCCCAGUCAGUGAGUGGUCAAAAGAACAGGUUUGUCAGUGGCUGUUAGCUUUGGGGCUGGAACAGCAUAUCCCAAAAUUUUUAGAGCUGCAAGUGGGAGGCUCAGCCUUAUUACAGCUCGAGUCACGUGACUUCAAACAGCUUGGUGUAAAUGGUGAUGACAAGAACAGACUGAAACGUAAACUCAAGGAACUGAAGGUUCAAGUGGAGAAGGAGAAACGUCAACAGGAGAAGGAGAGGAAAGAGAAGGAGAGAUUGCAGAAGAAGGCAGAGAAGUUGGCUGAGAAGGCUAGCAAGCGCAAGUAACAUGGCUGUCUCUGUCUGUCCCCCUCUUCCUGUCCUCCUGUGCUACCAUCCCCUUCCCAGCAGGGAUGUUGGAAUGUGGGUGAGUCCUUAAUUUCAACUUAUUCAGAUUUUACUGUACACUGUAUAUACUGUGCUGUAGUAGAAAUUUGAUAUGUCAUUCAUCUUAUUUUACAGAAUUAAUGGCAUUGUAAAGUAAGUAGUUUGUAUGUACAUGGAGCGUGAAGCACAGAAGUGGAGAAAUGUCUCUCUCUCUCUCCCUCCCCCCCCUACCAUGACAGAUGCAAGAAAUGAGAACUGUGUCUGGGAUGAUGUUACAGCUAAAGAAAAGUUAUGCAUUUAGUGGUAGUUUAUUCUGUUCGUGAUAUUAAUCAUAAUAAUAAUUUAAAAAAAUAUAUAUAUAUAUUUUUUUUCAAAAUUAGAUGUUUGUGACCUUUUAUUUUUCCUGUCUUAGCAAAUCUGAACUUUUUCAUCAUUCAGUUGAAUUUUAUAUUCUGCUAGUCUUUUUGUGAAUUCCACAUUCCAGUCCCUGUAAUGAUGUGCAUGAAAGGGAAGUCAGUUGUUUAGAUAAAUACUGUAAAUCAAUCUGUGGUAAUAGACUCGUCGAGGCUUGCUCGGUACAGAAUCUGUGAACAGUAGCACUUGAGACUCCCGAGUUCACAUUCACAUUUAAAGAAACAAUUGAGAUGUGUUUCUCAAGUUGCAGUGAAUAUUAAAGUAUUCUCUUUUUUAUAUAAACAAAGAGUGGAGUGAUUGGUUUUGUGUGUAUAAAUCAUGUGUCCGAUUAGAAGGUUGUAGUGUAUGCUUGUGACAUGGGGUCAUUUGUGUGAAUAAUUAUUGUAAGAAGAUUGACAUCUCUUUGUCAAGGCUAUUGGCAAUCGUUUUAUUUUACUUGGUGCAGAAAUGGUCAAUGUGAGUUGUAUGUCAUUAUCUUUGGUGCACUGGGGGAAGUGAAUAUGUUAUGUCAUGAAUAAUGGAUAUUAGUGCCAAAUGGCGGCUAUUUGCGGUUGUAACUUAUAUUGUAAAUAUCACAAAUGGUAUUUAAUGUUUAUUAAUACUGAUUAUGUAUUAACGGUACUAAGAGACUUAAUGUAUUUUGUUCCUUUUUAUUUUCCCAUGGCAGCACAAAGCAUUGUUUUCAAUUAUUUUUUUAUGUGGUGUAAAACAAAUUUGUGGAGUCACGUUUGUCACUAAUAAGCUUUCAAAACUUUAUUUUCUUCCAGAUUUAUGCCAAAAUCUGUUGCUUUCAUUGAUUCAAUAAUACAAGUAUUAAUGAAAUUAGUGAGUAAUUAAUUGACAUAGGUAACAUACUCGUACAUAACAUAAGUACAUCAUAAUAUCAUAGACAUUACAGUUACAGAUGUUGUCAUGGCACAUUUUAUCGUUCUUUUCCUUGUCAUGUUUCAGAAUUAUUUGUGAAAGUUGUAGGCAGAUGAAAGCUGUCUUGCUUAUUUGCAUGAAUCUGAGAUGGCAUUUAUGCAUUUAGUUAGAUGCAUGAGAAACAGUGGAUAUUACUUGAAGGGGGUUAAGUAAGAAGCUCCAGAUGGAUUUAUUUAGAUCAUGUAACUGUUAAAAAUACUUCUCCUGGGUUGUGACGUCAGAUAAUUUAAUAAAUUUAGGAUUUGAGGUUCUCACAGUGGUAGUUAUGAAUAGGUACAUGUCUUCCAGUAUAUCACACCAUAUAGUACUUUUGAAAGUCAACUGACUUAUCAGAGGAACAUGUCACCUCCAUCUUGAGGGCUGAAGAGUAAGCCAGAUAAGAAUCCAGCAUGAAGGAGACAGCAAACAACUUUCUUGGCUGUUAACUUUCACCGGGCUACAUGGCAGGUUAUCUGAAAAGACAGAACUCUUAAUUGAAUAGAUGUUUACUGAUAUUUUGAAGGGAUGUGUUGCCCCCAUCUUCAGGUGAAAUAGUAAGAUGAGUAUGGAUAUCGACUGGGAAAGGUGCUGUGAAUGAGCCUCUGGGGAAAGUAAGAAGAAGCCUUAAAACUGGUUGUUUUUCCAAUCUGAGCCUUUUCUUCUACUCUGGAGACUGAGCAGCAUAAUCCUCUGAAAUAUCAAUAAACUAAUGCCAGAAGACUGUAUUCUUCAUAAUCAUUGCGUUGAGAACUUCGAAUCUCACAUGUUAGUGGCAUUUGAAUGAAUCAUUUACUGCUUCUUUUGAUGUAUCAUGUAGCUACUGAAAUAAGCAAUAAAUCUGGGACAUUAAGAGAUACAUCACAUUCAAAUCACAGAUCUACUUCUGUGUGGAGUUUCCUCAGAUUCAUACACAUGCAGUAAUACCCUUGUCUUUCAGAGGUUGUUGUAAUAUGUUUGCUAUAAUUACUUUGUUGUAGUUUAGUUAAACACAGAUAAGAAAGAUACUUUAUUUUGCACCUUAUGCCUGUGUAUGAAUUCUGCAGAGUUGCAGAGUAUUUUUAAGAUACAGUGAAACUCAUAUUUAAUGUUUCCCCUCAUUUAAUAUUUAAUUUUGGUGAUCCAAAGUCAAUAAUCUCGAUUUUAAAUUAUCUCUGUUUAAGACUUCUCAGUUUAGUGUUCAGAGUCACUGCUCCUGAAAUAAACUUUUAAGUUUCUGGAAGCUUUCUGGCAAGCAGGAUGGGGUUUCACUGUAUUGUGUUUUAUAAGCCAGUCAAGUUAAUAACAGUAUUAUCCUAGCCCACUUUCCAUGAUAACAUUAAAUACAAAGAAUGGGAACUUUUGUAAUAUUGAUAAUUAGGUUCAGAAGUAUGAAGUAAGAGCAAUGUAAAUUUAUAUUAUUUGAUUGAGGAGUGUUGGAGUACAGAGUGCUACACAUGCAAACUAACUGUGCAGCUACAGAUGUGAAGGCAUGGCACUAGCUGCAUUCUGGGGAAUGUAAUGUUCAGCUGUAAACUGAUACAGAAGAAGUCACGUGUGUAUCAUAUCUCUCCCAAGAUUUUGGCGUUCAUAUUGACACUGCCAUCCAAGCUUGCAGUGAAUCUGUAUUACAUGUUAACAUAUCAUCCCACUGCAGCUUAUUCUUUUUAGUUUAAGUGGAACACAGUCGCACAGUGGAGAUUGGUAAUGUGUGUUAAUCUGUCAUGUAGUGAACAUGUAUUGCAUCUCUUUGUAACAAUUGGUCUGUCUCAGAAUAAUUGUAGCUUUUGCAUUCAUGAUUUUGAAAAUAUAACCCACAAUAUGACAAUUUGUAAUAAAGCCUUUGAAUAUGAUAUGACAUUCAGACGGGUUAUGCUGUCAUUCAUUCAACUCAGAUUAUUUCUUUCUUCAUAUUUUCUUUCCAUGAAACAAUAUACUGUCACGUAUUGGGCGUAUAACGCGACAAAUA